UCAAUAGAAAUCAAACAGAAGGCUUGACUUCUUGUGGACAGUUUGCUUCUGAUUCUGUAGAAUUUCAGUUUCUUUUAGCAUCUAAAUGUUCCAUUGAAUUAAUUUUAUUCAUGAAUAAAGGAAUUGAUCGAGACAAUAUUUUGUUCGAAAAAACAAUGGCCGAUGUGAUAGAAAUGGAAGUAAAUGACGACGAUGUUUUAUUGGAUCAUGUUGAACAUACCGAAGAAACAUUGGCUGAAAUGGAAAUAGAAAAUGCUAAAAAGUAUUAUGAAAACCAACAUUAUAAACAUGCUUUAGAAUCUUAUACUAAAGCUAUUCAGCUUUGUCCUAAUGUAGCAAAAUACUAUGGCAACCGUGCUGCAUGUUAUAUGAUGCUUGAUCAGUAUCGUGAUGCUUUAGCAGACGCUAGAAAAAGUGUUGAAGUUGAUCCCAACUUUACAAAGGGAUACACCAGAGCUGCUCGAUGUUGCUUAAAAAUUGGUGAAAUAGUGGAAGCUGAAACUUUUUUAAAUAAAUUCACUCAAAUGAAUGCAGCCAAUGCUAAAACUAUCACAACAGAAUGGCAAGAAUUGAAUCAUGUCCAACGUUACAUUAGAGAAGCAGAGGCAGCCCUGGAAAUAAAAGACUAUCGAAAGGUCGUAUAUUGUAUGGAUCGUUGUUGUGAUGUCAGUAAGUACUGUCCACGAUUUAAAUUAAUGAAAGCUGAAUGCCUUACUUAUUUGGAACGAUACCAAGAGGCACAAGAGAUAGCACAUGAUAUGCUUCAUUUAGACCGAUCGAAUGUUGAUGCCACUUAUGUUCGAGGAGUUUGUCUCUAUUACCAAGAUAAUAUUGAUAAAGCUUUCACGCACUUUCAAGAAGUGCUUCGGCUUGCACCUGAUCAUAAAAAAUCAUUAGAAAUGUACAAAAAAACCAAAUCGCUAAAACAAAAAAAAGAAGAUGGAAAUAAUGCAUUUAAUUCAGGAAAAUAUGUAGAAGCUUAUAAUCUUUAUACUGAAGCGUUGUCUGUUGAUCCUCAAAAUAAAAUGACCAAUACUAAACUUCAUUACAAUAGAGCUUUGAGUGCAUCCAAGUUGGGACGAUUAAACGAAUCAAUAGCUGAAUGUACUGAAGCCCUUAAACUUGAUAAAAAUUAUUUAAAAGCUAUUCUUAAAAGAGGUACCUGUUACAUGGAACUUCAAGAAUAUGAAGAAGCCGUGCGAGAUUUUGAUAAGGCAUGUAAGAUAAAUAAAUCUCGUGAAAAUAGACGUUUACUUAUGGAAGCUAAGGAAGCUCUAAAAAGAUCAAAAAAAAAGGAUUAUUAUAAAAUUUUGGGCGUUGAUAAAUCUGCUUCUAUUGAAGAUAUCAAAAAAGCUUAUAGAAAAAGAGCAUUAGUUCAUCAUCCAGAUCGGCACUCGAAUGCCUCAGAAUUGGAGAAGAAAGAACAAGAGAAAAAAUUCAAAGAAAUCGGUGAAGCGUAUAGUGUUCUUUCCGAUCCUAAAAAACGGUCAAGAUAUGAUCGAGGAGGAGAUUUAGAUGGAUUUGAUUAUGAUUUCGAUUUUUCAGGUGAUUGUAGUGAUUCUACAUUCGCAGCUUUCUUUGGACGACCUGGUUCAGGUUGUGAAUUUCAAUUUACCCGUAGUUUUCCGUGUUGAUAUACUAGCCAACAAAUUUGAAAGCUCUGAAUUGAAAUACUCCUUAGUUGCCGGUGCAAUAAAAACAUACGGAUUUUUGCUCCUCACAGUUGUGUGAAGUGUAUUAGACCAUUUGCCAAUAAUCAUAAGACAUUCAGCUAAUGAUUUAAGAUUCUAAAAAGCAUCGGUAAAAUUACAAUGUCUAAUUUACAAAAAUUUGUGUUCUUUUAGAAUACAUGUAGAAUGUUAUCAAUUAACAAAAACGAUGAUAGAGUAUUCUCAACAUCUUGACUUGAAUUCAUGUACCUAAAAUAAUCAUGAUUAAUCCAGAAAAUAAUAUAAUUCUUAAUACAAGUAUAUCAAUUUUGUAAGUCCCUACGUAUAGUACAUCAGUUGAUUUAAAAGUUAAAACAUUUUUAUUAUCUUAUUUGAUGUUGCAGUUACAUCUUAUCGUAAACAAGGGUAGUUUUUUAUUACGAAAAUAUGUCUGAAUAAUAACAAAUAAUAUAAUAGGAUCUUAUUUAUUAGAAAAAAUUAUUAUGUAUAUUUAACGAUUUCCGUAUUAAGAUUUUUUAUACGGUAAAUUGUUAUUCUUUCAGUUCUAUGAAUUCUAAAUUGAAUACUAGUAAUAAAUUUUUCUUUAUUUGUAUUCAUCAAAUUGACUGAGAGUUGAAAUUACAAUAAAAUUGCGUUCACCUGUUCAUUCUCCUGUAUAUUUUAAAUGAACAUGACAAUUAAGGAGAUUCCUUAGUAAGCAGUAAUUACUAUUUACCUUGUAUUUAUAAGAUCGUUAGGAAAAU